UGUCUUUGGGAUACAGCAGAGUCAGUGAGGAGGAGAGAGAGAGCGGGAUGCUGACAGAUUCCUGAUAGAUGGUUAAAAUGGCGAGAGCUUGUUCGACCACAGCGAGCCACCAAACUGUAGCACUGUAGGUCGGAACAUGUAGUAGCUGAAGCUGGAUAUCUCUCUCUCUCUCUCUCUUUCUCUCUCUCUCUCUCUCUCUGUGGAUUGUUUUGGUUUUUUUUACCUUUCGUCUAUUCGCCUCACGUUGUCUUCUGCAAGUGCUGGAAUAUUUUCUAUAAGUGUUUAAAUGGCAUCCACAAGGCGCCGCCGCCUUGUUCCAUGCUUUUUGGGAAUACUCCUAAAUGCUUUAAUCGGUGUGAUCUGCGAAGCGGAGCUCUCCUUCACACUGGAGCCCAGUGACAUUAUCGCUGUACAGGAGCAGCCCCUCAUGCUCCACUGCCAGGUGAACGGCAUCCCCCCAAUUACGACACAGUGGAGGCACAACGGCAUGCUUUUAACUCAGGAUCAGCAUCACACCACCUUCAUCAAUGGCUCACUCCUGAUUGGCCACUUCCAGAAGACGAAAUCUGAUGGCUCAUCUGACGAGGGCGACUACGAGUGUGUGGCCCAGAAUUCUUUUGGGCUGGUGGUGAGCCGCAAGGCCCGUAUUCAGGCAGCCACUAUGGCAGACUUCCAUGUCCAACCAGAGUCGGUGCAUGCUGAGGAGUCUGGUGUGGCUAGAUUCCAGUGCCAGAUCCACGGUCUGCCAGAGCCUGUCAUCAGCUGGGAAAAAGAUAGCCGUCCGGUCGACACCAAGGACGAGAGGUACACUCUUCUGCCUACAGGUGUUCUGCAGAUUACAGGAGUGCGUGAUGAGGACAGUGGAAAAUUCUGCUGUGUUGCCCAUAACAGUGCAGGAGUGAAACAUAGCACUGAGGCACUGCUCACUGUUUCAGGCUCCCAGUCAUCUGUUUACAAAGAGCCUAUGAUCCUGGUCGGUCCAGAAAACCUCACUCUCACUGUUCACCAAACUGCCAUCUUGGAGUGUGUUGCUACUGGAUACCCUCGGCCCAUUGUGUCUUGGAGCAGACUAGACGGCCGUCCCAUCGGUGUGGAGGGAAUCCAGGUACUCGGCACAGGGAACCUGAUGAUCUCAGAUGUCGGUGUGCAGCACUCAGGGGUCUACGUGUGUGCUGCUAACAAACCUGGCACCCGUGUUCGUAGGACUGCUCAGGGACGUCUUGUGGUCCAAGCUCCAGCAGAGUUUGUUCAAGCUCCACAAUCCAUUGCUCGGCCUGUCGGCACCACCGCCAUCUUUACCUGCCAAGCGCAGGGCGAGCCUGAGCCCCAGCUCACCUGGCUGAAGAACGGGCAGAUUCUGGAGCCACGGGGACACGUCAAACUCAGGAACAACAACAGCACUCUGACGAUAUAUGGUAUUAGCCAGGAUGACGGGGCUAUCUAUCAGUGUAUCGCAGAGAACAGUGCCGGCUCCACACAGGCCAGUGCCCGCCUCACAGUGCUCUGGGCUGAUGGACUGCCCGGUGUGCCCACCCACGUGCAGGCAGAGGCCCUCUCACCUACCACCAUACAAGUGUCCUGGAGGGAGCCUGAUCAGAACACUCAGGACAUCAUCGGUUACGUGCUCCACAUCCGUAGGACCUCAGACCCGGUGGAGAUGGAGUACGAGGAGGCUGUCAGUAAGGUGACGCUACAACAGAUCAUCAGGGAUCUGGAGCCCUCCACCAGUUACACCUUCUAUGUCAAAGCCUACACAUCCCACGGGGCCAGCAAACCAUCGGACAGUGCCACCGAGAGCACUCAUGGGGAGGUGCCCGCGCCUCCUUCCCUCUACACCAAGGUGGUGAACAGCAGUGUUAUAAAAGCAACGUGGGAACCUUCCUCCAAGAUGGGCCAGCAUCAAGGCUUCAGGCUGUAUUACAGAAGAGCCCACACACCACUGUUUACUGGUCCCAUCACCUUUGCUCGCAACGUCACUCAGUACAACAUCACUCAGCUGGAUCCUGCUCUGGUCUAUGAGAUAAAGCUGCUCGCAUACAACCAACACGGAGAUGGCAAUUCCACCGUGCGAUUUGUUUCGCUUCGGGAGGCAGUGGAGAAAUCUGUGUUGGACACCCCGUGCGACUGUGUGAAAGAUGAACAGAGCAAAACAUCUACAACAGGCAUCAUAAUUGGCAUCCACAUCGGAGUCACCUGCAUCAUCUUCUGCGUGCUCUUCCUCGUAUUCAGCUACCGUGGCAGGUUAAUGAUGUGUAAGACAGUUCAGGCCACCCCUCAGGCAGGGCAUAGCAUGGUGCUGGAAUCCUCCUCAUCUUCCCAGGGGGCCUCUGGGCUGAACGGGGCUGCCAGGAGAGAGAUGGAGGUCAAUGGCAGCGCAGCGGGAAAGAAAGUGGUCGACAGCAACGAGCUCGAGAGACUUUUCACUCAACCCAACACACAAGACACAUGCAUGUCCGACUCCUACGCGCUGAACGACACCCAGCUGUCUACGAUACCUCUGGACGAGUUCGCUGUGGAGCGAGAGACGCAGUUCCAGGAGCCUCCUGCAGCAGGAGCAGGUCGACAGGACCAAGGCUAAUCAUGUAUGAAGGCCAAUUCAUGAUACAGUGUCCACUUAGACUUUUCUCUCACUCAGGUUGACAAAUGUUUCCUUUCAAAGUAGUUUGUUCAAAGAUUUUUUUAUUGGUAAGUUAAGAAGUUCUAGAGGAUCUAGGACUGUAUAUCAGAGUGUUUUUGGCCUGGAGUCUGGGAGAGCUAUCUUCUGAUGGAUGGCUGUUUCUAGCUCAGCAGACCAGUUAAAUGUUCUUUAUUUGUACAAUUAUUAUUUUUUUUGUUUUGUUAAUUUUCUGGUGUUGGGCACAGAAUAGAGGCCCCAGAAUGUCCUUGUUAUAUAAUGAUGAUUUUAUUUUUAAGUUUAUAAAUAUAUAUAUACAUUUAUAUCUUUAUCACCUAUAUGUCAAAGUGGUUAUAAGUUAUUGGUCUUAUCUCUACUUUUCUGUGGAUGUCAAAGACUCCUGCUGCCUGCUCUCACCUACCAAUGAUUCCACCUUCUCGCUCACAGAAGACCUCAGCCUUCGUCCAGGGAUUUGAUAUAUUCUGUCUCAGGACUUUGUUUCAGAGAUAUCAACAUUUUUUUAUGAGUUCUCGGCCUUCAUACAGGCACUAGACUUGGCUGUGUGAACCUUACGAUUCAACAAAAACCUACCUCAGCCGGAAUGAAUGUGUUGCGGGAAGCUUUUAGGGACUUUACCUUCCCCUGUUCUCACAAUUACUUUACAUGCGGAGGAACUGAUUGGUUUGAAAAUUACAAAAUCAGGUGCCGCACUACCUCAGAUGUCAAGAAUCGUUUCUCUCUCUCACUUGCUUGUCGGAGCAAAACGAAAAAAACGAGUAUCCAACAUAAAGCACUUCCAAAUGCUGAAGUUAAUGUUCUACCUCAAGAUAACAAUGUUAAUGUUGUCGCUGUUGUUGUUGUUGUUUGUCUGUUUAUUGCAUAAUGAAAAACCCUCUUUCCCCCCCUGUGAAAUCCGCUGUUGAUGAAUAUGGUGUUUGUAGAUACAAUGUCAGUACCUCAUGCAAGUUGACAGACUGAUAACACUGUUGUAUGAAUUACAGUAUGUUAGGAAUGUGUAUGAAUUAUGCUGUUCCACGAUAAGCUUUUUUAGAUUUUAUUUCAUUCAAAAGAUCAUAAUACUUUUUUUUUUUUUUUUUUCAAAUGUAGUUGCUUCAGUUGAAUGGAAAGACCGUUAGAGAUACACUGCAUUGCUAAUUAUAUUUUCAGGACUAUUUACUGCUCAACGAGAUGUGAUACAUGAUGUUCAAUUGUUUAAUCAUAUAUGUGUCUAAAAUUAGUGCUAUAAUUUAAUUCUGUGGGAGUGUGUAUUUGUGUGAGUGCAGAUGUGUUUUAUUGAUUGAAUGAAUGUUUUCAUACGAUGUAUGCAGGGGUUAAAUUGGGAUUUGUUAUGUGCGGGGGCUCUGUGGUUUUACAUUGAAUACAAAAUCUGAUCCACAACCAGAGCCCGCAGAUAUGCUGGUGCAUAAUCAGGCGACACAUCUCACUCGCUCUUUUUUUUUUAUAAUGAGUGACCGGCCCACCGGGAUUUCUCCCGAUGGCCAAUCUGACUACGCCUGAUGACAUAGAACUGCAUCAAAUUCAACCCCUGGAUAUAUAUAAAAGGAGAAGAAAAUUAAGCACAAAUCUUAUCAAAACAUUAUUCCACUAUUGAUAAAGUUGUUUGACAUUUUGGGAAAUCUGUUUAUGGGCUUUCUUUCAGACGGUUGGUUGAUACCACUCUUGUGUCUUCUGUGUCAGCUAUUAGCAGUAAUAGCAGUAGUAGUAGGGCUAGUAGUAGUAGUUUAGCAUGUACAGUACAGCACAUAACUUCUCUUAUUACUGUUUGAAUUCACAUUAAACAAAUGAGAUGUAACAUUUAGAAUUUGUGAGCUUUAGAGGCAGAUUUUUGAACUUGUAUUGAGCCGGGCUAACUUCCCCCUGCUCAUAUAUCUAUGCUAAGCUAAGCUAAGCUAAACUAAUUGCCUCCUAGCACUAGCUCCAUAGUUGAAGGAAUAGUUUGACACAUUUGAAAUAUUUUCUUUCUGGUGCAAAGUUAGAUGAGAAGAUCGUUGUCGGUACGAUUAAUAUAAAGCUGCAGUCAGCAGACUUUUAGUUUCAGCUUAGCAUGAAGACUGAAAACAGGAGGAACAGUAGCAGCUCUAGCUCCUCUAAAGCAGCUAAUUAAUACAUUAUAUAAUGUUUGUUUCAUCCAUACAAAAUAGGAAUCGUUUUCAGGGGGUUAUGUGUUGGACUAUUUCUUGAUUUGGAGCAGUAACUUCCUUGAGUUUCCACUGGUUGCUUGGCAACUACUCAGAGAUAUUUUACAGACAGAUAUGAGAGUGGUAUCAAUAUUGUCUGACUUUUCGCCAGAGAGCGAAUGAGUGCUUUUCCUAAAAUGUUCAGCUAUUCCUUUGAUUCAAAUUGGCAGCAGUGUAUUUCUAACCCCGUUCUGGAUAUUUGUUGCUGCAGUGCUCUUAGUGAUUUGAUUUUCACAUCACAUUAUCUGCCUCCUUUUUAAACACAGUAAUAGCCUUUUAGACAUCCGGUGCACAGGAGACAUGAUAGUUGCUGAUCAUGCUUGACUAUUGUUAUUCUCUUCCCAAAACCACAAUUGCUGCUCAGCCUUCUCCCUCCUGUCAACACUGACUUGUUAAAGUGCUUCAGGAAAACCGUGUUAAUAAUAACGACCACAGGCAGAGAGCUGGCUGAGGGCAGCAGUCAGUCGUUGGGUGGCUGUACGAUCACAGGCCUUCUCUCUCUGGCCCUCUGCUCUGUGUUGUCACAUACUGUACAGGACUUGCUCUGAUGCAUCAUGGUUACCUACCUCAACCCUGUUUUCGGCCUUUCUCUCAGGUCUCAAUGAAGGAAACAUACAGAGUACGAAAAAUGGAGUAGAGGAAUAUAUAUAUAUAUGUAUAUAUAUAUAUAUAUAUAUAUAUAUAUAUCAUUAUAUUGCAGUUGACGACACAGGCAGACAGAAACUACAGUACAUACAGUACACCAACACACAAAUGGAGGGAGAACUUUUUAGGACCUUUAUCUUGUGCACUAAUUAUUAAAACAGUUCAAGUUCAUGCUUCGCUUCUAGUGGAUGUGAAUGUGUAAUUUUGGUUAUCAGAUUGUUGUUGUUUUGUUUUUUGUUUUUCAUAUCACGUUUAACUUUAUUUGUUCUCACAGAUGUUUAACUUUAUAUCCUCUGUGGAAAGUUUAUCUGUGAAUUACUGAAGUAAACUGAGAAAAGUAAAGUGGGUGGUACUUACAACUCCAACACACACACAUAAUUCAACACAAUUGAUUUAUUGAUUUGCCUCCCUGGCUCCUAUUCCUGUGACUCAUUGCCUUAACUGUAGCUACUGCAUUCACUUAAGAUUGUUUUUCAUGGGCAGUCGAGUUGGAAAACCUGUUGAUGUGAUGUCAGACUCCUGUAAGUCCAAGUCAUGUGAAAUUGUGAAUGUCUAACAGCUACAAUAUCUUCAACUUAGCACUUAGUACUUAAAGAAGUACAGAAGUUUUGAACAAAAACACUUUGUCAAAAUAUUUCAAAUUAUAAAAGUUUAAAUGAAUUUGGACCAGUAAGUAAUUUGUUUUUAGAUGACCUUGUUCCUCUGCUGCCUCACUUGAGUUAAACUAACGUUACGUUGAGGCAGUUGCAUCUUGUCAGCAAAACACAUUUCCCUUUAUCUGGAUUUUAUACAUCUAUGGUGUUGAAACCAAAAUUCUUUCUUUGUUCUGGCAUGUUUUCAGCAUCCCUGCUAUCUUUCAUCAUUUCACAUUAGCAAAGAUAACAGCAGUUGGCUAGUUUACUGAUAGUCAACAGAGCAUGGGUCAGAUGGACAUUGGUAUUUUGGUUGCGAUUGAUUCAUCUAAUUUAAAAGAACUAUAAACUGCUUGUAUGUAUCUGGUCUCACACAACAAAACUUACUAAUUUAGGCUAUUUAAAAAAUCUGGCAAUGGGGCUGGCAUCUUGAGCUAACACUGCCUUGUCGGAAUAACAGGAGUUUUUUGUUUUUAGUUUUUUUCAUUUUGCUGACAUUGCAUGAAUUCAGCAUAUGUUUUAUUAUUUAAGUCAUGAAAAUAGGAAAUUGGAAAAUUAAAAUUCUCAAAGUGCAUAUAUACAUUUUUUCUGGCUCAUAUCUUAUCUUCAUCCAUGACAUUCUUCAUGAGAGUUGUAUCUGUCCCCACAGCAGAGAAUCACCUUCUCUCUUUGUGUGUUCUGCAAACACACAUUAUUACACACAGUCUCCAUUUUAGCGAUCUUCUUAGGUAAUGUAAUUUUAUGCAUUUUAAAUGUAUUUUUUAUGCUUAUUUGUUUGCAUCCAUUUCUAGUAUUUAAUUGUACAGCCUGUUACAAGUGUUGGAAAAACAAUAAUGGUACUUGUCAAAAUAGCAGAAAAAAUGCCCAACCUAAAUGUCUCCUGCUUGUAUAUUUAUUAACUACCAAUGUGAUAUUUUCUCUGCAGGGCUGCUGCAGCCUUAAUCAGUGUUUCGACUUUUGUUGUUAUGAGUAAUUUCAUUGGGGAAGCAAGUGGUGUGCUUUUCUUCCUUACUUCCUUCCUUCCUCUGUGUCUCAGUGUAAUUUAGGGUUAAUCUCCUGCAGGAAAUUGCCCACAUCUCACCCGUGGAUGUGACAGGUUUUAGUGCCAUACUGUUUAACCUGAUUCGCUGGGAAUGUGGUGCAGUGACGAUCAUGUUUACGUGAUAAGACUUUGAUAGGUCAGGUUGUCGUAUUGCUGUAUAAUAUUAGAACUUGUGUGAUUUAAUGGAGCCCUCAAAGCUGUUCUCACUGACUGACUGGUACUCCAUCAGCAGAAGGGGCCAAGUGAUUCCUUUGCUGACAGUUAAUGAAAAAAAUUAGCCUUUGUCUUGUAUAGUAUGCAGCCUUGGGAAGUGCUACAUCACCAAACUCCUGCUUCUGUCAGUUAACCAGUCUCCUUUUUAUUUCAUUUAAGAAUCCUGACCUUUGGACAGGGAGAGUACGUGCUCAGGGACUCUCUGAUCCUGUUGUUAUAUGUAUAUCAACAGGCCAUUUCUGGACAUGAUUUUCCUCUUUAAAUUCUGCUUUGUGCCCAGUUCAGACAGAUUCGCUGUAAGGGAUGUCUUCUUUGUUGGUCAUUUAAGUAAAUAAGAGAAAGUGUUGGCAGGAUAAUGAUCGCCACUCUGAAACACAACAGGAACUUUUCUCAGAAAGUAGUUCAGCUGCCUCCUUAGUGUAGGAAUUACACAUUACCAUGAGCUUACACCUUAAAAAUAAGGAGAGCUUUGAUUUCUGUUCUUCUCAGUGAAAGAUUACUGAUUACUGCUUUAUGUCAAUAUUCAUUCUAAAGCUGAAACAAUUAGUCAACAAAUAAAUAAAUCGACUGGCAGAAACCUUAUCAGAAACUAUAUGGAUAAUUGAUUAAUCAUUUAAGUCAUUUUUCAAGCCAAAAUGCCAAAAAUUUAAUAGUUCAAGAUUCUAAGAAAACUGCUUUUAUUUAUGUGAUGAUAAACUGAAUAGGGGCUUUAGACUGUGAGUCGGACAAAACAAGCGUUUUAAAAGAAGUCAGCUUGAGCUUUAAGAAAAUGCUAUGUGUUCUGACAUUGAUAGACCAAACGAUUAACUGAGAAUAGGCUAAUCGAUAAUGAAAAUAAUUAAUAAUUAGUUGCAGCUGUAAUUCAUCUUCUUGUACACCUCAGGUUCUCAUAAAGAAGGCAUCCUGGACUGGGCAUGUGCAGGCUUUGUUUUACAUUGAUUAUGGUGCCCGUAUGGAUCUUAUUAUGCAUAAAUUAACGGAACACAGGUAACCAGACUGAGUCAGGAGGACGAGAUAGGCUUCGACUGGCUAGACUGACAUUGUAUCACUGUAUAAUGUCUGUUAUAGAUGUAAGUACAAUGCUGUAACUCAGAGGUUGAGGGUAUUUUGGGUAACUUGAAAUAUUCUGAGUCUGAUUUCUCCAAAAGUCCAAAGCCUGAUGCAACUAGCCUCUUCUUGAAAUAUACCUGACAUUAUGUAGUAUUACUCGUUGUGGCACCAAAUGACCAUCCGAUAUGAUGAAUUGAUUACAUUUCCAAUGCAUUUAUCUCUGUGGUAUUCUGUUUUGAGACCCCGAUGCCUGUACAUGUCAAAUAAUGCUGAGUUUAGUCAAAUGGUGAUUUAAUGUAAUUGUACUUUAAUGUUUGAGAUCAGUAUUAUAUUUUAUAUACAUCUGCCAAGAACGCAGAUUGAAUCCAAUGUGUUUAAAGGCUAUAGGAAGAGGAAAACCUUCUGUAGAUCUGCAUGAGAAAUGAAAAGUGUUAGUUAAUCAUUAUUGGACUUGUGAUGGUAUCACUGUGAUAUUUAGCCGAAUAAUGGCAAAAUAAUGUUGUGAUAUCAAUAUGGUGCUAUUGAUGGUCCUGUCUCACAUUGUCAGUCAAUCUGUUUUGAUGGUUUGUAGAUUGAGUGACCUUUUCCACUGACAAAUCGAACUCUGUCUUGCCCUCGUUGAUGCCUGAUGAUCACCUCAUCCUCAUCCUGUUCCCAUCCUCACAUGAGUGACUCAGGGUGAGGUCCUGUCAGUCCAGUUACCUUCAAAGUGACAGUCUUUAUUUUCCUUCGCAAAUCAUCUUGGCUUGAGGGGAAAGUCUGUCCUGUAUUAAUGUUGUCAACGCAAUCUAAAGUUGCUCGCUCAGCAGUAAUUUGGCCACUGAAAUAAGAAAAGAGCUCCUGAGUAGAAACUACUCUGCAUGUGAUUGACACCACACACUUCACGUCCUGUGAAGUUACCAUCAAACAUGAAAGUCCAUAACGGCUUCUCAGUAAAAACAUCGCUGUUUAAGCAUGCUUUGUGAAAUCUUCCUGCAUAUAUAGAGCACCACAUGGCAGAUUUGCUCUGCAUUUAUGUUUAUGAUUCACAGUCUAAGUAUCAGUCCUGCAGCACUGCAGGCUAAAGAGUAUUUAGUCCUAAAGGGAAAUUUUUGCCAAUAUAUAUUGUUGCCAUAUCAAACCAUGUAGGCGUAAGAAUAUUUGACCUUCUCUUGCUCAGUGUCGCUGGUUUGCAAGAGUUUUCCUCAUAUGCAUAAAAUAUACUGGUGUGAGAUUAGUUUUUUUUUUAUCAAACUUUGCAUUUAAACUUUCCUCAUCUUCUUGCCAUCAGCUGGUAAGAGGUGAUUAGUUUCUUCCACAACUGCAGAACUCACUCAUAAGUAAAGUUCACUGAGUUUAAAGCCCCCGAAAGUCCAGCAGUUUCCAUAACAUGAUACAUUUAUAAGACUAAAUAAGGAAUAAUGAAAAUUAAAGUUCAGAAAAAAAAGUUUGACAGUCAAAAGCUCAAAUCUGCUUUAUCAGGACAUCUUUGAUUCAUUUCUGUUUUUAUGUUUACCAUUCUAUAACACACAGAUUGAUUUUAUUGGUCUUGGUGAAGCUGCUACAAUGAGCAGGACAGUCAUUUUCUCAUGCACACAACUUGACCUAAAGCACAGUUGGUUCCUGAUGUGUUUGUAGAAAUUUAAAACCAUCAAAACUUUAUAAAUGGCUAUAUUAACUCAGCCUUUUGUUUUCCAGAAAAUAAAUUAAUUGUUAUCUUCUUUUCCAGUUCAUGAUGUAAAGCUCAUUAAAAUAUCUGACCAUGACAAAGUGCAAGAGAAGGCAAAGGUUGACAUUUUACUUUUAUUUAUUCUAUGCAGUUUUAUUUAUUUUUUCAAUCCUGCAGGGUUCAAAUAUGGUGCCAUCCUGAAACCAAAAAUCCAUAUGCAUUACCAGCUGUGUGAACAACUUGUUUUAUUUCACAAAUUAAGCCUCAUUUAAAGUGUGACCUGAGUUUGAUUAAUUUAAUCGACCAUUAUGCAUGGAACAAAGGCGAGCACAAAUCUUCAAAAGAGUCAGCCCAUGAUCACACAUCUGUUUGUUUCUCUGUCUGUCUCGUUGUACGUCUGUCUGCUGAGGUCACUGCCUCUGUCUGCUUUUACAGUUUAAUUCAGGUCAAUGUAAAAUUAUUUAAUAAGCGUUCUCAGAGCAUUGUCAGGGAUCACUACUGUAUGUUUCCACAAAGUUAUGUUUCUACACUCUCUCUAGACCAAGGUGUCAAUAAUAAAUCUGUAUACAUAUCCACAUUUACAGUUUGUACUGUAUGUGUGUAUGUAUGUGUGUAAAAAGGCAAAAUAGACCAUUUUUAGUGGUUUGUAUUGUUUUAGGGUUCAUUGUGCAAAACUGAAGAAAAAAAAAAACAAUAACAGUGAUAAUAAACUAGCUCUAGUAAUAAUAAA